CAGAUAUGCAUAGACUAUAUUCCAAAGUUCUAUUUUCUCUCAUUCAUAUCUCAAAAUGUCCCUACUUUUGAAACAACUUCACUUUUCAUGUUUCAUUGUACUGUUGUUUCAUAUUAGUUUAAGUCAAGAUGAUGGUCGGUUAGUCACGAGACUAACUCACCAUCAUUCUUUCAACUCUCCUUUCUUUGAUUCUAAACUUAGUAUGAAAGAUCGUGGUCUCUUCGAUUUAAAAAGCUCUAUAUAUAGAGCAAGUUAUUUGGUAAGCAACACUACUAGUUCUUUGUUGCACUUAACCGACCUUGAGUCGGAACUUUAUUCAUGGAGAAAUACAGGUUUUCUCGUCCAUCUAAAGGUUGGGUCGAGAAAUAUGUCCCAAAAUGUCUACAUGGACACUGCCAGUAGCUUAUUUUGGAUAAACUGUGAACCAUGCGGUCUUAAUGUGUUGGGUCCUUUAUUUCACCCAAAAGAGUCUUCUACCUAUGAGGUAGAGGACUGCAACGAUUAUGAUUAUAUUUGCAUAGGAACUGGUGCAGUUAACAUUGAGUGUGACAGUGUUAAAUGCACAUUUGCGAUACAAUAUGGUUCAGCUUUUAGUAAAGGAGUCCUCGCCAGGGAACAGUUUAAAUUUGGAAUUAGUCCACAAGUGCUAAAAGGCAUUGUAUUUGGUUGUUCAUCUUACUCCAAAGGUAUUAAUGCCAAUGGUGUUCUAGGGCUUGGUGGCAGUUCUCUUUCCCUCCGUGCGCAGAGAGGUUAUACGAAAUUUGCUUACUGCCUAGGCAAUAUUACCGACAGGUCAUAUCUAUAUAGCAGGUUGAUUAUAGCGGAUAAAAUUACCUUCACUGGUUUCGAGACGCCGUUGAUUGUAGAAGAUAAAUAUUACAUAAAUUUGGAACGCAUAGAGAUUGGUGAGAUUACGUUAGCCGUUGAUCCACAUAUUUUUAGAAGAAAUUCUGUUGACUACACUGGGGGAAUGAUAGUCGAUGCCAGUUCAACCUAUACCUUUAUGCCACAAGUGGUAUUGAAAAUGAUCGAGGCUGAAGUGAUCAGAGUGAUUAGAUACAACGCCAACGAAAAUCCUUACAGUCUUGUCAAAAUAACGAGGAAUGAGUCCAUCCUACACGAAGGACCCGAAGGAGUGUACAACAGGCUAUGCUAUGACGGAGUUCUAACCAGAGACUUGAAAUCUUUUCCAACCGUGCGAUUUGUGUUUCAAGGGGAUGCGAGUAUGGAAAUGAUUCCUGAAAAUGUUUUUCAUCAAAUUUCGGAAGAUACUUAUUGCUUGGGAAUCUUACCGAUUGAGAUUGUGAAUCGGGGUGCUACGGUUAAUAUACUAGGUAACGUAAUGCAACAGUAUUUGUACAUCGCAUUCGACCUUUUUAAGGAGAGACUUACAUUUAAAGCUAUGGAUUGUAGCGCAUGGGAUGAUUAUAUCCCAUAGGCAAAGGGAAUCAUUAAAGACUAUUGUAAUAAUAAACUAGUUUUCUUUUCAUUGAAUAUGAAUGCAAUCAAUCAUUUGAAAUAUUUUUAUUAAGUACAAUUAAUAUUUCUCUAUGAGUUUAAUUAGUGGAUGCAUGUUUUUAAUUAUCCACCAAAACUUGAACGUGUGAACUAACAAUCUUUUGCCAAACUAUAAAAAGUUGUUCAGUUUUUAGUAGACAUGCUGAUUGAAUGGUUACUUCUGCAUUGAAUCAUUGGUAAUUGUUGAUAUGCACACUACAUCGAAUCA